AUGCUGGGCACCCUGGGCUGCGCCUGCGGGCACUUCAAGGCGCAGGCGGCCGCGAUGGCGGACGGGAGCCCGCUCGCUGUCGUGCUCGAGGAUGACGUCUGGCUCGAGGACGACUUCGUGGAGCGGCUGUGGGACCUGGUCGUCCACGAGCUGCCGUGCGACUGGCAGGUAACCUCGCUGUACUCGCGCUGCCCCUUCGGGCAGUGCGUGUCCCCUCGCCUGGCGCGCAUCUGGCCGGACGUGAACGAGCCCGAGUGGCGCUGUCGUGCAGGGGUGAACUGGGGCAUGCAGGGCAUGCUGUAUCGCACGCCCGAGCUGGCUCGGGUCCAGAAGGCCUGGAGGCGCGCGGUCUUCGACGACGGCAGGCCCCACUGCAUGGACGUGGACGUGGCGCUCGCCUCCGUGUCUGACGAGGUGAGCUUCUACGCGGUGCCCUCGUCACAGGACCCGAGCCCGGGCUCCUGCGGGAGACCAGCCACGAGUCGGCCCGCUGGGCCAUCAACAGCAACAGCGGCCAGCAGCACGGCCCAGUAA